UCUGCUUAUUGCUAUAGUCACAUUUUAAUCAUAAGGCUUAUGGUAGCCAUAGGGAAACGGAACAUAUACUUGGACAGUUGGGUGAAAUAUUUUUUAUUUUUGUCAGCCAUGUUUGUUUUCACUUAAGCAGUGGGGAGAUGGUCUCUAGCCGGCAAACCUUUUUUGGUAUAUACAUUUCAAGUGCGCAUGCGUGACGGAUUUUCCUCACGGAGACCAUCGAAAUUCAGGACAGGCGCCAUAUUGAAAAUUAAAUGGUCGAUGCGGCAGCAAUGCAGAGAAAUACAGAGCUAUAAGGCUAUCGACGGAAAAGUUGAAAACUGGUAAAUGGUGUGGAGUAUAACUGGUAACUGAAUAACGUUGAUUGUAACUGCCUGUAAAAUGAUACUGGGACUGGUAAAAGAAGAAACACAGAUAAAUAUGGGCCGGUCUCAGUGUCAGCAUUCCUGAUGUGAUAUCUCUAUGCUGUGAUCAGAAGUGAAGUAAAAACAUCAUCUUGUUUGAACAAAAACACAACUCAUUUCAAUUGGUAGAAAGAAUGAAAUAAGUCCUGAAAGGCAUGCAACAACUGCAAGCACAUGUGGUAAAACUGAAAACAAGCUACAUUGAAAGAAGAAGCGAAAAUGAUUAGUAUAUGACUUUACAAGCCAGAACACUGAGUAAUGAAAAAGAAAUUUAACAACAAAAAAUGUUAUGUUCUUGAUUUGUGUGGCAGUGAUUAGGAAAAUUGUACAUGGGAUUUUACUGUCAGCUGCUGGUGCAUUUUUACAAAACAAAAUUGUUUUGGGUUUUGUGAACUUUUUUUCAUAAUUAAAUAAGAGAUUCUGACAGAUUUGCACUGAAAAAAAGAGACUAAAUGUAAGAUUAGCAAAUAUUGUAGAUUGGGAGCCACUUUUAUAGAAAAAGAAGAAUGUGUCAUUUGUUGUGCAUUUUUAUCUAAAUCUAAAAGUGGUUUGCAUUAACACAAUAACCAUGGAUCAACGGAGUGUUUUCAAUUUGAAACCCAUUUCACUUCCAUAUGUUUGUGGAAUAUGUAAGGUAUCGUGUUCCAAUAAAGAGACAUUGGAGGCUCACAUGAAAAGUCAUACCGGUUAUGAAAUCAUCGCAGACGGACAGCCUUACAUGUGCAGUGUAUGCAAAAAAACUUUUGUACGUUUAUCAGACUUAAAGUAUCACUGUGUCAUUCACUCCAAGGUAAAACCGUUUACUUGUGAAGUUUGUUUGGCAAAGUUUAAAAGACUAAGUUCCUAUCGAGAGCACACGCGUCUGCAGCAUGUUGUUGGUGGGAAAUUCUUUUGUAGGUUAUGCAAGGAAGACUUUGCUUCAGUAACAAAUCUUGCUGCCCAUGUGCGUGAAAUACACUUGUUUAAAUGUGAUGAUUGCAAUAAGUACUUUAAAUUUUCAUUGGACCUAAAAAAACAUAAGUUAAAUCAUAUUAAAAAACAUAAGUUAAAUCAUAUUAAAAAAUGUUCUUUGCUGUGUGAAGUCUGUGGAAAAUUAUUUCUUAAUUCGUCCAUUUUGAAACUGCACCAGUAUAAUCACAAAGUACAUAAGAUUUAUCAGUGUGGUAGCUGCACAAAGAGUUUUACAUAUCAUGUGGCAUUGAAAGCACAUUCUAGAAUUCACAUAAGUGUUGGUUCAUACAAGUGUCAUCUCUGUAAUAAAUCCUUCAAAACAAAUGGAAUGAAAAAACAACACCUGCGUGUGCACACUGGGGAAAAUUUGUUUAACUGUGGUCUAUGCAAUAAAUAUUUUCUUUCGCAAAAUUUGCUAAAGAAUCAUAAGAAGAAGAAAUGUCAUCUAGUACAGUCUCAUACUGUAGAGACAAAAACUCUAUUCAUACCGGUUAUGAAAUCAUCUUACAUGUGCAGUUUAUGCAAAAAGUGUUUUGUAUGUAUGUCAGACUUAAAGUAUCACUGUGUCGUUCACUACAAGGUAAAACCGUUUACUUGUGAAGUUUGUUUGGCAAAGUUUAAAAGACUAAGUUCCUAUCGAGAGCACACGCGUCUGCAGCAUGUUGUUGGUGGGAAAUUCUUUUGUAGGUUAUGCAAGGAAAACUUUGCUUCAGUAGCAAAUCUAGCUGCCCAUAUGCGUGAAAUGCACUUGUUUAAAUGUGAUGAUUGCAAUGAGUAUUUUAAAUUUUUUUUGGACCUAAAAAGACAUAAGUCAGAUCAUAUUAAACAAAACUCUUUGCUGUGUGAAGUCUGUGGAAAAGUAUAUGCAACAUCGUCCAUUUUCAAACUGCACCAGUAUAAUCACAAAGUACAUAAGAUUUUUCAGUGUGGUAGCUGCACAAAGAGUUUUACAGGUCGUGUGGCAUUGAAAGCACAUUCUAGAAUUCAUAUAAAUGUUGGUUCAUACAAGUGUCAUCUCUGUAAUAAAUCCUUCAAAACAAAUGGAAUGAAAAAACUACACCUGCGUGUGCACACUGGGGAAAAUUUGUUUAACUGUGGUCUAUGCAAUAAAUAUUUUCUUUCGCAAAAUUUGCUAAAGAAUCAUAAGAAGAAGAAAUGUCAUCUAGUACAGUUUCAUACUGUAGUGAAAUUAACCCUAUAAAUCCUUAAAUUUUAUGACUGUCAUAUUGAGCUGUCUGAAUUAGCUACAUAAUUUUUAUUUUUUUACCUGAUGCAACUGGUGUGCAAAUGAAAACAACUGAUUUGGCCAAGGGUCACGGGGGACAUUAUAACCAACAAACUGAUAAUACCGAUUUUAGCAGCAUUUCAAUGGAUGAUAUACAUUUGUAGAUCAGCAAUCUGUUAAUAAUAAAAGCACUCCGAAACAUUGCAAUGUUGUUUUCUGAAGGAUAUUGCUAGUUAUUUCAGGGAAUCAUGAAUUAUUUGUGAAAGAUAAAAGUUACUGGCAAAAAUUUUAAGGUAUUUAAAAUGUUAUUCACAAGUUAAUCACACUCACUUUAUUUUACUCUUGAAUAGGCAUAAUGCCACUUUGCAUAUUGUCUUUUAUUUUACUCCAGCGUGUUCAUGUCACUUUGAAGGCACAUUAUGCCUAAGAAAUCUGUAUUUUUGUUUAUUCUUAGAUAUGUCAAACAUGUUUUCAUCUUUAUGAUAAAUGAUAAAUUUUUGGAAACUUGAACAAGAUACUAAAGUAUAAAGUCUUUGAGAAAUAAAACAUAGAGUGAGACUAAAUAAAGUGUUGGAGCACCGCACUCAAUAAGUCAAUACCAUAUUCUGGUUUAUACCGGACAAGGGGCUUGGAUGACUAAAUACUAAAAUCUCGCCUUUAAAUCUACCAAUAUGCACUUAUUAGUCUCUUCACACUGAUUUGAAUGUGAUAAUGAAUGAAAAAUGUAAAAUUAGUUAAAAAAGCAAAUUUUUUUCUGAUCAUAUUUUUGCAAGCGUCAAGAGUUACUGUUUCAUUACUGUAGUGAGAUUUUGUAAAAAUGAUAGAAUUUCUGAGGCAUAAUUUAGGCCUUUAACAUUUUCAAAAAUACAGGAUAGCCUUCAAAUGCUCUGUUUGUUUAAGGAAGCAUAAUCUUUGGUGCAUUAAUGUGUUAAACCCUUCUAAAUUUAAAAGGAGUUAACCAGUUACUGCACUAAAGUGAGGAAAUGUUGUUAAAGUUUUAUGAAUGCAUGCCAAUACAAAAUAAUUUUGAUUUAAUCCUUGGAAAACUGUUUACAAUGAGAAUUUUCAGACAUACAUAUAUAUUUAUGAAUAUCGCAUGUUUUUAAAUUUUGCUUUAUUUGUGAAUAUUAACUUGAGAGACAUAACAUAAUUAUGUCUCCCAAAAUUUUUGGAAGACAUAUUGCUUUUGCCUAAGUCAUCUGUCUGUUCUGCUGCACAAAAUGGCCAUCAGAGCUAUAAAUAAAAAGUCUUGUCAGGCUUUCACAGGUAGUAUUUCAUAUAUGCGUUUUCAAUGAAAGUACACAGGUGUGAUCACUACCAUCGCGAGAGGUGCAUAUAGCCGGUACAUUCUGCUUCACUGAAUAAAAUGGCUGCUAGAGCUGUAAAUAAAAAAAAAAUCUUGUCUGGCUUUCGAAGGUCAAAAUGCUCGUGAGAUUUUAAUGAAACUUUACAGGAGUGGUUAGUGCCAUCCCUAUUUUUGCAUAUUGCCGGCAUUGUUCUACUUUGCUACACAAAAUGGCCGCAAGAGCUAUAAAUAGAAAACUCUUGUCCAGUUUUCAAAAGUCAAACUGCUGGUGGGAUUUUGACUAAAAUUCACAGGAGUGAUCAUUGUGAUGAUUUGGGAGACUUAUGUUUUUGCUGGUGACAUAAUAAGACAAUACAUGCAUUGGAAGCUGUCAAGCUGGUUUUAUAUAACUUACCAGUUUGAAGAAUGCAAUAGAUUAUUAAAAUUUGUUUUGCUUAAUUAUUAACUGCAUUGAUAUAUAUGUAUAUCUUUAUAAAAACAUUAAAAGAAAAAAAUACA